AAUACUACAUUCAAUGGUAGUAACAAAACAAGAAUAAGGAAUAAAAAAACAUAUAACAAAAGAGCAUAUAAUACUAGUCGUCACAUAUUGGCCGCUGCUGGUGGUGGCUGUUGAGGCCGGGCUCCGUUCUGGGGAACAUUGGUGCUAAACUCAACCCAAAGGAUGGUCCCGUGCACAAUCAAGAACUCCCUGAUGAUCCGGCCCAUAUUCCCCUCCUCGUCAAUCCGCCCACCGGGCCCUCCUCUAAAGAUCGCCAUCCCGUCGGGCUCGGCCCAGCGCAGCUGGUCCGCCACAAGCCGCUUGAACUGGGCCAAGGUGGUCGUCUCCUUGCAGCUGACCUCGGCCCACCACCUGGUGAACUGCGGCUGCCCAGAUCGCAGCAACACAAUGAUGGGAACGUCCGGGCCGGGCUCCACCGACAGUGUAAGCCGGUGCACGUGCUGGCCGUCCGUGAUGCCGUAGGACUCCAGCGUCUGGUCGUCCGACAUGAGCUGUCCGCCGGCGUGGUGAAGCCGGAGGGUCUGCCUGUCGACGGGGACGGAGUAGUGGGUCCGGAUCAGCUGCUUCACGGUGCCCACCGUCUGCUGCGGGUUCAGGGAGAAGGAGAUCGGCAGCUGCGUUCCUAAUAUCUUCAACGUCGCCGGCAUCUUGUUCGGGUCGGUAAGUAUACGGGCAGAAUAUAU